UCGGAGCAGUCAGCAGCGGGUUCUGCAAAAGGUGUUUUUUUUUGUAACUGGACUGAACUGGAGAGGAGGAGGGCGAUAAAACAGCGACCUACGACGGAAUUUCGCUGCGGAUUUUGAUAGUGAACUGCAGCGGGAGGAGGAUUGUAGAGUUGGAAGGUGGAAAAGCGGAACAUUAACGUCGGAAUCCGGAGAACGGCACGAAAACAGCAUGUCCCGCGUCAAGGUCCUGUACGACUUCCAGGGCGAACCCAACUCGGCCGAGCUGACGAUCAACGUCGAUGACGUCCUGACCGUGACCAACACCGAGGUGGGCGAAGGCUGGUGGGAGGGCACAAAUGCACGCGGCCAGCGUGGACUCUUCCCGGCGGCGUACGUCGAGGUGAUGCCGAUGGCGCCACCCCCAGCGGCCGGUCCUCCGAAGAUGCCACCACCACCGUUGAAGGCGUCCGUUCCGGUGGUUCAGCAGCAGCAGCCGGCGCAAGCACCCAGGUAUGACCAGACGGCGGACGAUUGGGGGGAACAGCAGGACGGGGAGUGGGACGACGAUUGGGACGAUGACCAGGACACGUACUCGGAGAUUGGUCCGGCCAGUGGCGGCGGUCAGGGUCAGGGUCAGGCUAGUAAUAAUCAGAACGGGAAUUUCCAAAGCAGUAACUACUACGCGAACGCGAACCUGCCGGCGGUGCCGGUGCCGAACGACGGGGACGGGAUUUCGCUGGCGUCGACGGCCGUUGGUGGGACGAGGCGGGCGACGUCGUCUUCGAAGAUAUUCUCGUCGAAGGCGGCAGACGCGUAUUUGAUGGGGCUGAGCGUGCCGGCGGUGUCGGAGUCGGAUCGGGUUCAGAUUCUGCAGACGGACGCGGGGAUCGUGUGGAAGCCGAUGCGAGAUGGGUACACCGUGACGGUGGACUCGCCCAAGAAGGAGAAGAAGUUCAACGGGUUGAAGAGUUUCAUCGCGUACCAGCUGACGCCGUCGUUUAAUGGGAUUGCCGUUUCGCGGCGGUACAAACACUUUGACUGGCUGCACGAGCAACUGGUGAAGAAGUUUUGUCUCAUUCCGGUUCCGCCGUUGCCGGACAAGCAGAUCUCCGGACGGUACGACGAGGAGUUUGUCGAGCAUCGCCGCGUUCAGCUGCAGGAGUUUGUGGACUGGAUGUGCCGCCAUCCGGUACUGUCCACGUGUGGCGUCUGGAUGCACUUCCUGACCUGCACCGACGAGAAAAAGUGGAAAACGGGCAAGCGAACGGCGGAGAAAGACCCCCUCGUGGGAACGACCUUCUGCGCGGCAAUCUUCCCGCCGGACAAAACGCUGCUCACUUCCCAGGUCGAACCCCAGAUCGACACUUGCACCCAGUUCGUGCCUCAAAUGGCCGGCGGCGUCAAAACGCUGGUCCAGAUUUGCGCCGACGAGACGAAAAAGUUCCAAACCCAAUGGCGGCAGGACUACCAACGCAUCGGCGAAGGCUUCUCCGAGCUGGCGCGUGCCCUCGAGAUCGACGAACGACGCCAAACGACCCAGCUCAGCCUGUCCAACUCGGUCGGUCACGCCGCCGGCAUCUUCAUCGCCAUCGGCCAACUCUUCGCCGACCAGCCCAAGCACGAUUUCAUCCCCCUGGGCGAUCGCCUGCACAUCUACCGUGGCCUUCUGGGCGGCUAUCCGGACGCGCUUGCCGAGUACCGGAACGGCGUCCAGAAGCGGAAAGACUGCGAAAAGCUAACGGCGGAGCAAAAGAUGGAAAACAGCCAGCUGGCGGAGGUGAAUCGGCGCGUGGACGUGAUGUCGUACGCGAUGCUGGCGGAGAUGGCACAUUUCAGGGCCGAGCGGGACACGCACCUGAAGGACACGAUGCGGAACUUUAUCGGGGCGCAGAUCGAGUUCUACAAGAACAUUGUGCGGCGGCUCGAGCAGGCGCAGGGGCACUUUUGAGGGGAGUAGGAGAGCGAUGGGAAGUUGGAUGCCUUAUGUAUAAAAUUAAGAUUUGAAAAGGAAAGGAAAGACUCGGAAUUUGACUCACAAGCUUUUGUUUAUGUGUACAUUUUUUUUGGAUUAAAAGCUUGUUGCUUUUGCGUUGAAAAUAAUUGCUAAACAUUUUGUUGUGUAAAAUGUGAAUUCGUUGUAUCGAUUGUGGUUUGUUCUUUGCCAAAAAUCUCUUAGAUUUUUGAAAAUAAAAAUGAAAUUGAAUAAAUGCAUAAGACUAUAAAACAUGCUUUUAGUUUUAAAAUUUAAAAUCGAUUUGAUAUUUUUGCAACGGUUGUAGAGGGCAAACCACGAUUGAUCCCACCAAUAACGAACCCACAAUUCAAAUCAAAACACAACAUCAACCACAUGUUCCACCAUCAGAGUGGAACAAUAACUACAAAAUCCCAACAACAUCACCACCGGAAUCUGUUAGCAGAACUCGCAGGCUGAAACAUUCCUGCGUUAUUUUUAUUGUUUCAAAUGCAACCAGUAAUAGCAAAAAAGCAAUGGAACGAUUCCACUCUUUUCCCCCGGCCACAAAAGCAAAAAACGACCUAUUAGUUAAGCUCAAACAAAUUCCAAACACGACGACUCCGUUGCACACAAUUGAUCAAAUCAAUUACAGCUUAGUGCAACCGUACAAGUGGAGCUUAAUUUUUAAUCAUACACAAAUAAAUACAUUCGAGAACAAUCACGCUAGUAUACACCGAUAACAUUGGAUUAUAAUGAAAAAGUAUGUAACAAUUAGCUGGGCACGCUGUAAAAAGUGUUGUUGUUUUUUCAGGAGUGUUAAAAAAUAAAAAGAAAUACUUUGUAUAAUCACGCUCGCAUGGCAAAAUUUCAAACUAUUAAAUAUUAUACUAAUAACGUUUUCCCGGCACGAUGGGGACGACACGUCGAGGCACAUUAAACAUUGAUAACCAAAAUGACCGCGGGAGGGCAAAACGAGGGGGGAAAAGUCGACUAGUGUUUAUAUAUAUUUUAUGCUGAAUGCGAGAAAUUAAACGGGAAAAGUAUUAAAUAUAUAUAUUUAUGGUAACUGUUAUAGCGUGUAGCGCAAGAGACAGCGCAUAAAGUCGAUGCAAGAACACACAUUUAAACGUAAAAAAAUAGAAACAAACACACACACACUUUUCUGUAGCUUGUAUUCAAAGAGAAGAGAUCAACUGGGAUAAUUUAUAUGAUAAAGCAACGUAAAUAAACUGUAAUGUCUCAUUCGUAACACAAA